AUGUAUACAUAUAUCGUUGGAAAAGACAAAAAUCUUACAGAUGAUGACGCGAAAUAUCAAGAAAUCGAAAUCAACGAAAAUCAUAAAAUUUAUGAUAUUCUAAGAAUAAUGGAGCGUACUAUUAAGGCAUUUUCGCUUGAAGAACAAACCCCACUUUUAAAUAUUACCACAAUAGAACAUGCACAUCUUAAUGCUUUUGUUCAUCCAUGUCUCGACGCUUUUUUGUGGUACAUUGCAGAUAUACAUUACGACUAUGGCGAGAUCCCAUCAAAAAAUAACAUUAAUGAUGAUCGUGUUGAUGGAGCUGGGUAUAUGACAGAUGCUGAUAAGUGUCAGCUUAUUUAUAUGGAAGGCUCGAGACCAGUAACAAAAGAUAAAAAGAAAUCGAUAUAA